AGAGUAGCUUAUUGUACAUGUACUCCUUCAAAGGGUCUACUAAAAAGAUGGGGUUGGUUUCAUUUCUUGUUUUCUCUCUUCUCUUUGUGGAAGCUUCUCUCCUCAAAGCCACUACCACCCAAGAUCACUGUUCUUCAAAAAUUCAAGAUGAUCAAUACCAGCUAAACAAUUCUGGCAUACAUCUAACCCUACAUCAUGUCCAUGGCCCAUGCUCGCCAUGGGCCUCGCCCCCCUCGUCGCCUUUGGAAAUUCUCAAGCAUGAUCAAGCCCGGGUCCGGGCACUAAGCAACCGGCUAGCGAAAACCACUCGAUCAACCACCUCCACCGCGCCAAAAUCCAUAAGUGUCCCAUUAAACCCCGGCGAAUCAGCUGGGGUUGGCAACUAUGUGGUCAGGAUCGGGCUCGGCAGCCCGGCUAAAUCCUUCCUUGUCGUCAUGGACACCGGAAGUUCCUUCAGCUGGGUCCAAUGUGAACCCUGCGGGUCAUAUUGCCACCCCCAGACCGGCCCCACCUUCGAUCCAUCCACAUCACAUACAUACAAAUCAAUCUCAUGCAAUAGCUCAGAAUGUUCUAACCUAGAAGACGCGACACUUAACCCGCCGGCGUGUUCGUCGUCAAAUAUAUGUGAAUAUGAGGCGAGCUAUGGCGAUGGCUCGUUCUCAGUGGGCUACUUGAGCCGCGACACAUUAACCGUGGUCCAUUCCCAAACUGUGCCCGGUUUCGUGUAUGGGUGCGGUCAGAACAACCAGGGCCUUUUCGGUCGAACCGCGGGCCUAAUUGGGCUGGCUCGCAACCCACUCUCUCUACUUGGUCAAUUAUCUUCGAAAUACGGUUACACAUUUUCAUACUGUCUGCCUACACUCUCUUCAAGUGGAACUCUCUCUAUUGGGUCAUUUAAUCCUUCCAUCUACACAUUCACACGUAUGUAUACGGACUCGCGGGACUCAACAUUGUAUUUUCUACGGCUUACGAGUAUGAUCGUAAAUGGGAAGACCCUUAGAGUGUCUAGGUCUACUUAUACAAGUAGCCAUACGAUUAUAGACUCGGGUACCGUAAUUACAAGAUUGCCACCAGAAGUAUAUACAGCCCUACAGGAGGGUUUUGUAAAGGGUAUGGGUAAGUAUACGCGGGCCCCACCGUAUUCGAUACUAGAUACAUGUUACAAUGGGACCGCUACGAGUCUGUCGGUGCCUGAGGUUCGGUUGAUCUUCGAGGGCGGCGCCGAGCUGAAGCUGGCGGCACGGAAUGUUAUGUAUGAGGUUAGUGACAAUGUUAGCUGCCUGGCGUUUGCGAGUAACGAAGAUGCCGGCGGAAUUUCUAUAAUUGGGAACACUCAGCAGCAGACGUUCCGCAUUGUCUACGAUGUUUCUCAUCGGAGGAUAGGAUUCGCUGGUGGCGGGUGUGACUGACAGACGAUUAUUUACUGAUAUAUUAUUAUUAAGAUAGUGAAAUAAAUUCCUUCUUAUACCACUUGUGUGUGUAUAUACAUACAUUUGUAAAGGAGGGCUGCCACAUAUAUAGGUCCCACAAAAAGUGGGCCUCACAAAAAGUGGGCCCACUUAAUUUGUACAGGGUUUCUACUAAGUAAUGAUAAGUGAUAUUGAAGUGGUUGGUAACGGAGGGUCGAUUACUUGUCA